GAAACGCCUCUCCAGUGGAUCGAGUUCUUCGCAGGCAAGGCGGAGGCGACCAGGAUGAUGGCCUACGUCUUCAAGGUGGUGUGGUACAUGCUGGCCUACGGAGGGCCCACGCCAAAACCGCAGUAUGCUUUGUCAAAUUCAAAAUGGAUUCAAUCACUGUGGACUGGUGCAUUGAAGGGUUGGGCGAAACGAGUGAAAGAGGCUCGUGUCACAAGGGACCCCGAAACAAUCCAGGAACUCUCAAACCUUCCAUCCUCUGGUUGUUUGAGGCAAUAUCCUCCCAGAUUUGGAUUGAAGCUAGUGGAGCUCUUCGAAGACCUCAUCCAGGACAAGAAAGGCCUCCCUCCUUUGCCCGAAGUUGUGCCUCCUGCAGAGCGCAUGCUGGAGAGUGUUCUUUGA